GGGUUUUAACUUUCUGACCCCUGGACUUUUUUUCUUUUUUUUUGUUCAAAUGUGCACGCCAACACGCUGCAAUGCUAACCAAAGAUAUUUGCACAUAUACGUAGAUGAAAGAUUAAAAAGGAGGAAGGAAACGUAUAACAGAAUGGUGAAAGAUAGGCUCGCUUCCUGAUCUACUAAAAGGGGUAGCUGUUUGACGUGGCGUAUAUGCUCAUUAGCUGAACCCAAGAAGCGGAAACGUCUGCAUCUUCUAGCAUCAUCUGAGUCGACAUGGAAGAGAACGUGAUGGAAAACAUCUUCCUGCUGGUUCUGGUCACCUUGCUGAGUGUUCUUCAGAAUGCGUUCUUUGCGCAGAAGGUGGAGAAGGAAUGCAAAGCGGAUAAGACAAAGACUGCGGCUUUCGAUCGGGUGUACUGUGCGAGUCGAAACUGCAUGGAUGCCUACCCUACCUUCAUUGCUGUGAUGUGGUGUGCUGGGAUAUGUUUAAGCCAAGCGCCCGCUGCGUUUGCUGGACUGGUGUACCUGGGGGCGAGACAGAAGUACUUUGUGGGGUACAUGGGCCAGACGUCUCAGAGCACACCUGGCUUCCUCUUCGGCAAGCGAAUCCUCUCCUUCCUCUUCCUCAUGUCCAUCGUGGGCGUCGUCAGCUACUUCCUUAGCCACUACCUGGCCACCGACUACAAGGAGUACAUCCAGACCGUCACGAAGGCGGCGUCCGCACUGCUCCUCCUGCCCUGAAGGGGGCGACAGCCAGGCAAGCGCUGCACACCACAGCCGGAGUGGGCCUUCGCACCAGCAGCCCGCUAAAGCCUUCCCCCUCUUUGUAAUUUCCAUGCACCCUGAACUUGCUUUUCACGAUAAAAGUGAAGACACAAAGUUUUAAUAAAAAGGCAUGUUUAUUUAGAAAAAUGCCAACUUGAACAGUGCUUCAGAAGAAGACCAGUAGAUAAAUCCUAACAUCCAUACAAGUAACAUGUAAAUUGCUCUGUGGCAUACUUUGGAUCUUGUUGAAAUACACCAUGACAAUCAAAUUAAUAAAAAAAUGUAUACAUUGAACCAAACAUUUUGAACAAUAAAAAAAAGAAUUAA